AUGUCUUCAGAACAUACACCCUCCGACGAUACUUCCUCGACAUCAGUGGAAGUAGGCACCAACGAUGCCAAAAGGCUACAGAACGUCUUUCGAGUAACCCUGCAGUCCAACAAACAGAGCUCCGGGUUUCAUUCUCGAAGGUCUCACAAGAAAUCCCGAGCUGGCUGCUUAACUUGUAAAAAGCGAAGAGUUAAGGCACUAAAGUCAUUUCAGUGUGACGAACAAAAGCCAGAAUGCUCGAAGUGCGAGAAAAAGGGUCUUACAUGUUGCUACACUUCGGAAGAAGUUGUUCGAAGGGAUUCAGAUUCCUCCAGCAGGAGGCUGUCCAAAGAAAGCCCGAAUUCGACUUUGUUCUCCUUUACGCUUGACAAUAUCACCAGAGACAUCCAGGAGAUCUUGAAUUUGGGUGUUAGGUGCAAUUUGGUUCCAUUAUGGAAUCAAAAUGCCACUCAUCCCAUGAGCACAGUGGCAUUUCACAAUUUUGUGAAAUGUUCAACGGAGACAAUAGCCAGCCCUGCCAUUCGGAACGUCAUGAGAACUGAUAUGAUUCAGGUUUCCUUUACAAGCUCCCACUUGAUGUACACCAUUCUCGCAGUCGGCAUGCUACAUCUGAAUCGCGUCUCGCCUAGCAAAGAGCGAUCUGUCGCAGAAUCAUAUUUCUGGCAACACGCCCUUCAAAAUUACCAAAAGGCUCUAUCAUCAAAUGUCAGCAAGGACAAUGUUGACUCCCUUCUGUCUAGCUGCAUGCUCAUGAGCGUCAUGACCGUCUGCCCUGAGAAUUUCCAGCCAACGGAUUCCUGGGUUCUCACAAAUAGGCCAGAGGCGAUGAAUUGGCUUUGCCUACAAAGCGGACUCCGGUGUAUCUUAUCCCUUGCCUCGCGCUAUAUACCAUCCAGUAUCUGGGGCACCGCAUUUUCAGAAAUCGGCAAAGAAGAAGAUAAGAUUUUCGACGACAUCCAGCAAGGUCGUGAAGGUCUUGAUCCAGAUCUAGCGGAUCUUUGCGGGAUUGACGACUGGACAACGGAUAAUAAUAGCAUUUAUUACAGUCCACUUCGCAUCCUCACUCCACUUUUGAAAUUGGAGCGGGACGCUCCGAACUCUGCACAUUGUACUUCAUUCAUGGGCCGGUUAGAUUGUGACUUUGUCAAUCUUUUGAGGGAGAGGGAUCCGCCCGCUCUGAUCAUUCUGGCGCACUGGAUGGGCCUGAUGUGUUGUCUGUCACAAUGGCAGCCAUGGGUAGAAGGGAGGAUUAGGGGCGAGUGUAUUGCAAUUUGCAUGUUUCUGGAACAUAGUACUGACCCCCUGGUUUUACGACUUUUACGAUUCCCUGCGGAGGCAUGUGGAUAUAAACUCCAUAAUGAUUCAUGA